AUGGUUCAAGUACCAAACCAGCUAGUCGGCGCGCCAACUGGAACCAACGUUACGCUGGUCUGCCUCGUCGAAGCUUCCCCGAAGGCCAUUAAUUAUUGGACACGCGAAUCAGGCGAGAUGAUAAUUAGCAACCACAAAUACUCGAUGUCGGAGUUGAAGACGUCCGUGUACAGUGUACAGAUGCGGCUGGUGAUCAUGAAUCUACAGAAGCAGGAUCUCGGUGGUUACAAGUGCAUCUCGAAGAACUCGAUCGGCGACGCGGAGGGGAACAUUCGACUUUACGGUGAGUAAGUUUUCACAGACGACGCGUUUACGAGAGUCACAAAAGUCCCGGCUCCGAGAGCUUCCCGACUUCUUCCACCAUCUCUCUGUUCACCUUUUUCUACCUGUCGCGAAACAAUUUUUCUUAACGUUGCAACCUGCACUUACACUUCGGCGUUGGCGAUUUGAUGAAAAACGUUCGAUUUCGUUAAAGAAGCACUAAUGGAAGAGCAGCAAAAUUCGCUGGAAUGUAGAACUUCCAGUGUUAUUAGUAAUGAAGCAGAAAAACGAAGAUAA